AUGUUGAUAGGUUUUGGUGUCAACAAAGGGAAAACAAUAAUAAUUACAGGUAGAACAAUUCGAUAAGGUUUUUCGGUGGUACACAACAAUUCGCUUCCCUAAAAUCAUCUAGUCUUGCAAAAACAUUCCAGUACAUCGUUCAUUUCACCUUUUCCUCGUUAUUUUCCUGUCUCCAUGCGUGCGCGUCGUUUCGUAGACUCGCCCAAAAAGCGACGGCAGCGUGGCAUUGUAUUGAUCGGCACCUUUUUUUGCGCGUUUUGUUUCGUCUCGCAUGUACGCAAUUUUACCUUCUUUCAGCCAGCAAAAUGGACGCCUUGGAGAACAAUCUGAUAUCGAAAAUGAGUCAAAUGACUACAGACGACAGAGAUGUAAACUAUAACUCGAAUAUUUUGCGAUUAAAACGACACUUUUCAGACUUUGAUUCGAAAGUUCGAGGAAAUCAUCUCGCCGAGGACAAUUCCUCACGAUCUCGCCGCAUUUUACCUGGACUUGGCCAAUUGGUGAGCUUUUUUUCAAAAAUGAGUAGAAUCAAACGACAAUCAGUCAAGACUGCUAGAUGAAUACGUCCGCAAUAUUGGCUUCAGGAAUCUGUCAACGGCGCUCAGCGUGUUCUACGACCAGAAUGGGGAUUUGGUGCACAUGGAAGAGGCAUUCCGCCAGUCGUGCCUCUCCUCCACAGUCAAAGAGUGCACUAACCGUGAAGCCAUUUCCGGAGUGAGCUGCCAAAUGCAUUUUUAUCACAUACCGCUUGAUUGCAGACCUUCACGUACAGACCAAACUCGACGUUCUUCUGCGGAUGGCGAGUGGUCAACGACGGCAGAUUCCGGUGGCCCAAUGGAACCCGACUUGCUUUUGUGGACGGUGAGAACGAGGUUUCACAUUGGGUUCAAAAACAUGUAUUGCUUUCCAGGAGACCCGAUUGACUACGAAAUCAGAAAGGAUACAGUGCUCGACCCGGAUGAGUCGGAAAACAUCGAGAUUCGGAUCACAUGCCCGGUGGAGAUGGGCGACUUCAAGGCUCGCUUUCAAUUCGUCACUCCGCAGAACAUAUUUUUCGGAGGUGAGCAUCAAAGAGAUACAUUUUCUCAUAGUACUCACGGGCCUGGCCGAGAACCCGCACAUCCCGUCCCGCACGGACCCAACGGCCUCACCGGAGGCUAAGGUCAACAUGUAAUGCAUAAUUUUCGAUCUUUUGACUGGUUUUCACCAAUUUCAAACCCUCUUCUGCAAAAAGAGACCCGAGCAGUUACAUCCAUUCAACUCCGACCGUUUUGCCUUCCAUUAACCACAAAUUUACCGAUUUUCAGAGUCGAUCUGGGUGAUUCUCCGUGUGCGACCGCUGACCGAGGCUGAGGCCGGGAUGGAGGUGUCCGCGCAGCCGAUGGACCCGUACCACAGAGAGAUGGCUGUGAUGCCUUACAACGAGGGACCGAGCGCCCGAAUCUGGCCGCCAGUAUUCCCCGAACCCGCUCCGCAUGACGACAAUCAGAUGGAAUAG